AUGGACUCAUCCUCUCUAAAUCAGAGUUCCUCCUUUUCCUAUGCAGAGUUCCUCAUGCUUAGCUUUCCUGGGGUCUCAGAAUACAGGCAGCUCCUCGUUUUGCCCUUUGCUUUCAUAUGCACAGCUGGCCUGAUCUGCAACGUGAUGAUUAUUUAUAUUGUUUUGGUAGAGAAAAGUCUCCACUCCCCGAUGUAUGUUCUCAUUGUUCUUCUCCUCUGUGUAAAUAUUGUCUGUACGACGACCGUAAUGCCCAAGAUGUUAUUUACCUUGCUAGGAUAUACCCACAUUUCACUGGCUGGUUGUUUGGUUCAGAUGUUCUCAGUUUAUGUGACAGUCACACUUAAGUCUGUUACUCUUCUUUUAAUGGCUUUAGACAGAUACAUAGCAAUCUGCAAGCCACUGCUCUACCAUAAAAUUGCAAACAAGUAUUUUUUCAUUCAGCUUCUGGUGUUAGGCCUACUUCGAAACUGUAUUAUUGCGGCUGUUGUAGUUAUUCUGGCCUCCAAAGUCAAGUAUUGUAAGUCUAACAUUAUCCUGAACUUUGUUUGUGAAUAUAUUGUCCUUCUCAGUCUCGGCUGUGGUGAUGUGACCAAGCUUCAAAUUGUUGGACUAACAUUGAGGACUGUCGUCACCGCAUCUGAUCUCGGCAUCCUCCUGGUAUCUUACAUCAAGGUCCUGCACACAGCCAUGAAGAUUGCUGCGGGAAACGCCCGCCAGAAAGCAUUGCACACUUGUUUCACACACCUUCUAGUCGCAGUAUUAAUCUAUACAUUUGGCUUAUCUACUUCUAUUAUGUAUAAGGUGGAAAAGUUUAUAUCACAUGAUGCUCAGAAUUUAUACAGUGCAGUCUACUUUCUGCUGCCGGCCACAGUCAACCCUAUUAUCUAUGGUCUACGAGUGAAGGAGAUUAAAAACUUGAUAAAGAAAAGGUGGAAUAUUAAUUUCAUAAACCUAGUGCACUAGUUACAUAGUUAUCUUUACAUACAUACUACUAUAACAUCCUAUCGUGGGUUUGGUGAUAUACCCAUCUCCGGUGGUUGGCUUUUUUGGGGUAUAAGCAAGACGCGGUGCGAUAGUCAUAGUAUAGUCAUAGAGCAAAUAAUAAGGAUGUCCGUGGACUAGAUCAAUUAUAAUCUAUAUGUGUAUAAUGUUUGGGACUUAACAUUCCCCAAAUAAUUCCAUCAAGGGGAUAGUAAUAUCACUCAAUGAGAGUGCUGGACAUAUACACAAAUUGGCUUGGAUAAAAUUCUUCAGUCAGGUAUACCCCAGUAACAUUACCAGAUAUUACCCCAGUGAGAGGGAGACUGGUAAUGGCAAAAAAUAGGUAGCAAAU